AUGGAGUCCGCCAGACAUAUGCAAGAGCACUGGGACGUGUACCAGAAGGGUGCGGAUCAGCUGACGCGGGACCUUCUCUCGCUCUUCAGCAAAGUCCCGGAGAGCUUCAAGAAGCAGUACCAGGAGGUGAGCGCGGACACACUGAAAUCCGCUCAGGACCUCUUUUACUCUUUGCUAGGUAACAUUGUGAACAACGUCAGCUCUUUGAUUUUGGGCGUGCUGUUGACCAUGCUCUACACGUUGUUUUGGCUUUGCAGCCCCGUUCCCAUGGAUUCCUCCGUGGAUGUCAUGUUCCGAAAGUACAUCAUGUUCAAAACCCUGGCCUGUUUCGGCUACGGCAUCUCGGCCGGGCUUCUUCUCUACUUCCUCUCCGUGGAUCUUGCGUCGGUCUUCGCGCUGACGACCUUCGCGCUCAACUUCGUACCUGAGGUGGGUCCUUUCAUCGCCAUGGUACUGCCAUGUCCUGUCAUCAUCCUUGACAGCCGCAUCGACCGGCCGAUGCUGGUGCUUUUCGUCGCGAUUCUCGGCCAGCUUGCGCUGAAGUUUGCUUUCAGCAACAUCAUUGAG